UCCGGUUGAACUUCCUCCCGCAAACCUUCAAAAUUCACGGUUUAGUCCCACAAAUUCUCAUCCCUCCUCAACAAAACCGGCCGGAAUUCAUCAUGUGCGAUCAUUGCGCGAAAGUUACGAGCCAGAAAGGAUAUGCCGGACAAGUGACGUGCAAAUGCGACCACGGUGAGAAGAGGAAUAACGAACUGAAGGAAAAGGACUUUGGUGGAUGCUGCUCGAGGAAAGCGAGAGAGGCAGCCGGUGGCUGUUGCAUGUCCGGCUGUUGCAAGGAUAAAGGGAAGCAGAAGGAUCCGGAUGCCCCCUCGAAAUGCUGCGCCGAUAGGAAAUAAUAUUCCCCUAUAGACACGUAUAAAUAGAAGAAUUCUGCAUCGCCAUACCAUGACCAAUGUAAUAUCGACGUCUCGAUAAUAAACGAUUCUUUGACUGCCCACGUGUGU